CCUACAAUCACCAUGAGUAGUACAUCUAAAUCUACAGCCAUUUCCACCACAUCCAGUUCCUCACAUUCUUUAGCAACUCCACCUUAUACUGAUCCACAUACACACGGUACAUUAUCGUCAUUGGAUGAUCUCAGAGAGACCAUGUCUGCAUUUGAUGAUCUUGGGUUCAAUCUCCCAGAACCAUUUAGUCCUAAUUCUCAUGAUCAACAAUCACAACUUCCAAGCUCUCUCUUCCAUCCUUCGUCGCCUUCAUCGUCAUCUUGCGCAGCCGACCUGAUUUCGUGUGAUUUCCCUUCUCAAGGUGAUCACAAAGAUGAAAACAACCUGGCGACUAUGGAAUUGUUUUCAGAACAAGGAUUUGAUUUUAACCUGGCUGCUACUGAGCUCUCUGGCCCUUCAUCUACAGCAUCCGCUGUUGAUUCGUUACAAACAAACGGUGGAUCAAUGUUUGAUGACUUCACGUUCCAUGAAAGUUCGUUGGAAUCAACAUCAACAUCAACAUCAGUAUCUGCAUCAGAUCUUAAAACUGGUCCUAGCGACAUUAAUACUCAGCCCUCGAUUUCAGAAUUUGUGGACAUCAACUCCACAACCUCAGGUUCUCCAUCUCCUACGCGCUCUUCCACACCGUCUUCAUCCAUCCCUCCUUCGCCUUCAACACCAUCAACCCCCUCAUAUGAGGAUGCCAUCGUCCCAGUUGUCGCUUGCUUCAACUGCAAGCGAUCCCAUAUCAAGUGUGACCAUGGAAGACCAUGCCAGAACUGUCUCAAGCAUCCCUCCAAGGCUUCGACCUGUCGUGAUGCAGUUCCAAAACCUCGAGGACGACCCAAGGGUGGUAGCAAGACCGCUGUGAGUGAUGCAGCAAUGAUAGCAGCCAGGCUUCAACAUCAAGGGUAUCAACCCCUCUCUGGAAAUUCCUUCCUUCCUCUUCAUGGCCAACCAGAGCAGCCAUACCGACCCCGAGCCAUGUCAUUCCCCCAUAUUUCUCCGGCUCAACAGGGAGGAUAUCCUGCUACGACGAUGCUGCCUCAGCAUGAGCAUCAACAACGAGAGCUACUCUUGCAGCACCAAGAGCAAUAUCAACGCUCACAAUUCCCUCAGUUAUCGGGUCCAUCUCUUGAAUAUCGUUCUCAUCAUCCUCAUCAAGCAGGCCAUUCACUUUCGCCCCCCCAUUGGAGCCACAGUGCCCCUCCUACUCCAGGUGUCCCAGAGAUGUCUGGUCCGUCCAUGGGUGUUGUUGAGACUGGGCAUCCAACCAGCGCUGGUCCGCAACUGAUGUCUUCAGACGGAUAUAACAACGCCCUAGGGCUUGAUGCAUAUGAAUAUGAGCAGCUUCAAAAGCAUCGCCAGCAGCAUCAACAGCAUCAAGAGAUGGAGAAACAACGCAAUGGGGUUGCACAAGAGGUACCUAUCCCACAUGAUGUCGCAAUGGCUCACUCUCUGAGCGAUCACUACAGCAACUCCAGAGCAUCGAUCCGGCAUUUCCAUACAGAGCACCAUGAGCUACUGCAGAUGCAGCGACGACAGCAUCAAUAUCAGAGACCACGCCCACACCCAGGUCAUAGUCUCACACUGAUGAUCCCAAGCAUCACAAACGGUCGAUUGGUGCCAGCAGGUACCACAGUCUCUAAUCCUGCUACGCCUGCUUCUUCCUUUCCGGUCUCCCCAGGGUUCCCACAGUCACCAACAGCGAUGCUUCAGCCUCCGCCGCUCUCACCAGCACAGUCGAUUCAGUCUCCAACACAACCUUAUCAUUCCCUUCAUCCUCAUCAUCAUCCUCAUCACCAUCCCCAUCAACAACAACAACAUCAUCACCAUCCUCAUCAUCAUGUACUUCAUCCACUUCAGGCCCAGAAGCCUUCAUAUACCCAUACGCCCAUGUCUCCCAUGUCUCCCAUGUCUCAUGGCCCUGUGAUGCCCAACGAUGCCACUGCCAAUGUUGGUAUCAGUCUGGCCCAACUUAAGGAACAAGAACUAAAGAUCCAACAGGAUUUGGAGAUGCAUGAAAAACAGAGUCUGCAAAAGCAACAAGAGCUCGUCCUCAAUCAGAUUGUAUCACAUCACUUGUAA